AAAAUCCAGCUCUGUUUUCUCUCUCUCUCUCUCUUCUCUGUCACUCUCUGCAAACUGAAUCACUCUGUCCACCGCCAUGAACAGCACCGCCCCAAUCGAGCCGCAUCCACAUUCCAAUUCAAUGCUCUGUGUUCCCCUUUAAUUUCCCGAAACAAACCCCCUCGCCGGAGUUGAAACCCAUUUUCCCGAUCAGAGGAAAGGGGGAAUAAAUAGAGAAGAAUUCUCGACGGUGGGAGGGGGGUGAUUUUGUGGCGGUGAACGGUACUGAUGACGGACCAAUUAUCAAAACCCACCUCAAUUUUCGGAUUGAAGCUAUGGGUAAUCGUCGGCGUAUGCGCCGGAGCUUCCUUCGUGAUACUCCUCUUCCUAAUCACACUCUGGCUCGCCUCCAAGCGGUCCUCCAAAUCCCGGGCCAACGCCGCCGCCGUCGACGCAGCCGGCGGUAGCCGCCACGCGAUCCCGGCCGUAUCGAAGGAGAUCCAGGAGAUCAGAAUCGACCCCGUCAAGACCAAUGCCGCCGCCGCCAACCAGGCCGACGCGGGUCCCGUCGGCAACGAGAGGCUGACCCUCCUCGUGCCCAAUUCGUCCUCCGGCGACGCGAUUCGCGGCGGAGGAGGCAGCAACGGGUCGUACUACCACCACGGCGGCGGGGUUCAGGUGGAAAUCGGGAGGGGGCACAACAAGAUUCUGUACCCCGGUGGGUCGUCCGGCGAAGGAGGCCUCCUUCCUCGCGGCGGAAGCGGAAGCAGCGGCGGCGGCGGAGGAGGAAGCAGCCACGGCCGUGGGGGUUCGGCGACGGUGAUUCCCGAUGUGUCACAUUUGGGCUGGGGACACUGGUACACUCUGCGAGAGCUGGAGGAAGCUACGGACUGUUUCGCCGACGGGAACGUCGUCGGCGAGGGCGGAUACGGCAUCGUUUACCACGGUGUUUUGCAGGAUCGGACCCAGGUCGCCGUAAAAAAUUUGCUCAACAACAGGGGACAAGCUGAAAGGGAAUUCAAGGUAGAAGUGGAAGCCAUUGGAAGGGUUCGGCAUAAGAAUUUAGUAAGGCUGCUUGGCUAUUGCGCUGAAGGAGCUCAAAGAAAUUUAUGCAGGAUGUUAGUUUAUGAGUAUGUGAACAAUGGGAAUUUGGAGCAGUGGCUCCAUGGAGAAGUAGGGCCUAGCAGCCCUCUUACAUGGGAGAUCAGAAUGAAUGUUAUUCUGGGAGCUGCCAAAGGGUUAGCUUACCUUCACGAGGGUUUAGAACCGAAAGUGGUCCAUCGGGACGUGAAAUCGAGCAACAUUUUGCUCGACCAGCAGUGGAAUGCCAAGGUCUCGGACUUCGGCCUGGCUAAGCUCCUAAACUCGGAGAGGAGCUACAUUACCACAAGGGUGAUGGGAACGUUUGGGUACGUGGCACCAGAAUACGCAAGCACGGGGAUGUUGAACGAGAGCAGUGACGUUUACAGCUUUGGGAUUCUUGUCAUGGAGAUUAUAAGUGGGAGGAACCCAGUCGAUUACGCCAGGCCUCCUGAAGAGGUGAACCUAGUUGAUUGGAUCAAGAAGAUGGUUACGAGCAGAAAUGCAGAAGGGGUGUUGGAUCCCAAGCUACAGGAGAAGCCGUGUUCAAGGGCGUUGAAGCGAGCUCUUCUGGUAGCUCUACGCUGCGUUGAUCCCAACUCGCAGAAACGGCCCAAAAUGGGACACAUUGUACAUAUGCUAGAGGCUGAUGAUUCCUUUAGAGAAGAUCGUCGAGCUGGAAAGGACCCGACAAACCAACGAUCAUGCAGGGCGAAAGACGGGUUGCUAGACAAGCAGGUGACAGAAUCAGGUGGUGGUGCUGGGAGUAGUCGCAAAAGUGGGCCUGAAAGUGCGGUGGGAGCUAUAGAGGCAAGAUGACAACUAUCUAUCCAGAGUAAAGAAAGACCCUACCGGGAGGAGAUUUCCAGCUGAGCUUACAGCAACUUGCUUGGGCCAGGGGCAACCAGUAAUUCAUUAUUCAUCCCUAUGUACAGAACUCAGUCGAACGCUUUAUCAAUUUGCAUUCUCUUUCCCCAUAAUUCAUGCCUUCAGUUUUUCCUACUUCUAAAGCUGUACCACAAGGUUCCACAUUCAUACAUCUCCAAUCAAAGGAAGAAAGAAAUACAAAUUCACUUCCAAAUGUGCCAUUUCCAGGUGACUGCGUCUGGUUUUUUUGCAGUAGAAGAGGACUUGGAGUGCAAGGUAAAAGAAGUGGUCUUAUGUUUCCAGUAACAAACAAAAGGGGCUGGGAAGGAAGUGAGCCCUUUACUUCUUUUCCAGAAGAACAAUGGUCCCAAUACUCCUUGUUCCCUCCUCCCCACCAAUUC